CUUGGUAAAUAUGGAAGAUUUGGCUGGGAGUUUAUAUGGGAAGUCCUUGGAGUCUAUUCCAAGCAGUUGGGAUAAGGUCUUUAAAAGGUCGUCAAACUCAGAGUAUCUCCUCAGAACCGUAAGGGACCGGAGAGGGAUCUUGAUGUCUAUGCGGUAGUAGGUGGUGUUGUUGGAAACCGAGGUGGAAUUGAUGGUUAUAACUUUAGACAUGACUGUUAUCGUCUAAAGCGCGAUGUGUUUUUGGCGAUAAAAAUGUGCUUCACAGGCCAACCGGGUGGAUGUGACUACAUAUGGGUGUAUGAAGCCAGGGACCAUCCCGGUGGGAGCACUGACUCGCUCACUUCCGAAGAACUUGAACGGCAACCGCUUGUACAAGGCCAAUUUGUAUCACCAGAUGACCCAAUUGUUAGUCCCUUGAACCUUUACUGGGUUAGAACUGUGAAAUUCAUCAUCAGAGUCAUGUGGAUCACAAAUGUCGUUCUUUUCUUCAUUCUACUUCUUUCUGACUUUGUUGCUAUCCCUGGUUUGAACAACAGAGGACGUUCAUUCCUAGAAAUUGACUUGGUUAUCUUGAGUGGAUUGACCAACUUGCUUACGUACUGGUGCUUUACGGUGCCGGCAUACUAUGAGAGAGUAUUGGGAUAUGUGACUGCUGGGCUUUUGGGAGUCGAUUUUUUGGUGAUGUUUUCGGUGACUUACUUGCGUCACCAGUUUGGGUUUAUCGGAAAUUUUUUGAUGUUAUGGACUCUUGCAACUGUCCUCUUCAACUGCUAUGCCGACUAUACAGUUGAGAGAGCAAAGGUUUAUCAAGAGAUUCGGUAUACGGGUCGUCCUGAAAACAGAAAGACGUUUUUCGAGGCCAUUGUCAUUUCCUUCAAAUUUCUUAUCAAGUUGGUGCUUUUUGUCAUUAUAUGGAAUAUCAGUUUGAACUUGUGGCUUAUGGCAUUUGAUACCCACGAAAAACCGCCGGGGAAAAUGGUUGCUGUGAACAAUGACCAGUUCAAACUCCACCUCAGCUGCUAUGGUGAUAUGACAAAUGGGUCACAGCCCAUUGUGCUCGUGGAAGGAGGACAAACAACGUCCAGUGAAGAAUUCCAGGAAUGGAUCGAGGAAUUGUAUGACUUGAACAAACUCGAACGGUAUUGCUUCUACGACCGCCCAGGGUAUGGGUUCAGCGACAGUGCAGCCUCGCCAGUGUCAGUGAGCAUUAUAGUUGACUAUCUUGAAGAAGCACUUAAACAGAGUGGGGUACCAGGCCCAUUUGCUUUGGUGGGUUUCGACGUGGGAGGACUCUACUCUCGAGCAUUUGCAUCUAAAAACCCUACCAUCACCAAGUCUAUAAUGCUUGUUGAUAGCUGGCACGAAGACAUGCUCAAGUUGAAACCAUUCCCAAAGAAAGAAACAUACCUGUUUCCAGAGUUAUCGUUGAUGACCACUGGUGUAGGGUUCAAGUUAUGGUUCCAAGGAAUCGUGUCUCCUUUGGGAGUAGUGACCAAUUUACACUGGUUCACACAUCCGAAGAAAUACUCCUCAAAAGCCAGAAUAUACGGUCCAGAUAUGGUCCACCAACUGCAAUAUAUUCGUGCUAGACUACAAGAACAGAUAACUGCCCUGAUUCUUUCAUACAAUGAGGUGGCCGGUUCUCAUCUCCAAGAUAUCCCGUUAUACGUGGUUUCCUCAGACUAUAUGAUCAAGCGGUCGAAAAAUUGGGGAAAUUGGCAGAGACAGUUGGCAAAAUUGUCCACUGAUACUGAAGAAUGGACGGUGGUAGAGAAAACCAACCACUUCAUGUGGGAGUCCAAGUCCGGCAAAUCUGCGCUUCAGGAAGCGUUACUUCGAAUGUUAGGGGCUUAGGUUUGCAGCCAUUUAGGAUGAUAUGUAUAGUAUGUAAGAGGGUAAUUAGGUAUUUCGUGUGGAAAAGUUGGUUCAAGCAACACGUAUAAAUAAACCAAGCAAAAGAAUUUUUUUGGCUUUUUCGUCUAUCUCUUGUGCACCAGCAUCAAUUGCCUAAUUAUUGCUUUCUUGCUAGCUUGACUUUUGGCCCAC